AGAUCGACUAACAAAAGGCAGUCAGCAAUGGCGGCUUCUAUGAGUUCGAAAGUUUUGUUGUCAUGUUUUUCCACACGAGUUCCCUGUAGAUUUGCCAGGUCUUGUAGGUUGGUGAGAAAUGUUCACUGUACAUCAGUGAUAGCAACGCCAGCUUAUGACAAAGAGUUUGAGGCUGCCAAAACUAAGCUGAACAGUCUAAAAGAAGAUCCAGGCAAUGAAGUCAAACUUCAGAUGUAUGGCCUCUUCAAACAGGCAACAGUGGGAAAAUGCAAUACUCCAAAACCUGGAAUGAUGGACAUGGUUGGAAAAGUGAAAUGGGGAGCAUGGAACACUCUGGGAGAUAUGUCGAGGGAUGAAGCUCAGAAAAAGUAUAUAGAACUUGUCAAUGAGCUGGCUGGAGCCGUAGCAGAAAGUGAAACUCCGACUCAGACAGGCAAAUACAGCACACUCAUUGUAGAACGAGACGGCAAGACGUUUAAAAUCACUCUCAACAGACCUUCAAAGAAGAACGCUAUCACAUACGAGAUGUACUCUGAAUGGGUGGCAGCAUUAGAAGAAGCGGCUCAGGACAAAUCUGUAACAAUCGCUGUGAUAACAGGAGCUGGUGAUUUUUUCUGCAGUGGAAAUGACUUGUCAAAUUUUGCUAAUAUCAACCCUGCUGAAAUUGGGAAAAUGGCGAAUCAGGCCAAAGAUGUCUUAAUGAAAUUUGUCACAGCCUUUAUCGAUUUCCCAAAGCCUUUGAUAGGCUUGAUUAAUGGUCCAGCAGUUGGGGUUUCCGUGACAACGCUUGGUCUCUACGAUGCUGUAUACGCGUCUGACAGAGCCACAUUCCACACACCGUUCUCUCAUCUGGGCCAGUCUCCAGAAGGUUGUUCUUCAUACAUCUUCCCCAGGCUUAUGGGCCUGGCUAAGGCAAACGAGAUGCUACUUUUUAACAAAAAACUGACAGCACUUGAAGCAUUUAAUAGAAACCUUGUAACAGAAAUUAUUCCAGAGCAAUCUUUUGUGGAGGAAACUGAUAAGAAGAUGAAAAUGUUCUCUGAAUUACCUCCACUGACAAUGCAGUCAGCAAAGAAUAUUAUUCGUAGUGUCGACCGAGAGACUUUACACAAAGUAUGUGAGAGAGAAUGCAACUUGCUCGUCGAGAGAUGGCAGCACCCGGAAUGUAUGAACGCCAUUAUGAACUUCUUCACGAGGAAGUCAAAUACAUAAUAAAGAAAAUUUUCAAAGGACUCAUUGACGAUUUACAGAAUUUUAGUGUUAAAAGAUUGUUUGCAUUUCUUGAGGAAUACCAGUAUUUGAGAAGCUUUUACUCAAGCACAAGUUGCUUGGUGGGGAAAAUAUAUUUUGAAACCCAGCAUAUUUUGUAAAAAAAACCCCCAAAAACCCUUAAUAGAAAUGCUUAUAAUGCCAAAUUACAUGCGAUUAUUACAUUAUAUACACUUUGCACAAUAUUUAAUUUUCUAAAUAGAUAUUUUUUACAAGUUUGGUUUGUUGUAUAUCGGGUAUGUACAUUUGAUAAAAUAUGUAUAAAAUAUGUAUUUAAUAUUUACAUUAAAAUCAUGAAUUGCA